CACCGGGAGCAGCAACUGCUCGCCAGCGAUGUGGGGCUGUUUGUGGGGGACACCCCGUGUGGGGAGAAACAGGCGCAGUGCUGGAACAGCCAUCCAGCAAGACUGGGGUACAAAGGGGCUCUGGCGGACAGGCUCUGCCGGCACAACCGCGACAUCGUUGCCCCGCUGCUCGCGGAGCGCAGAGGUGCAGAACGUUGGGCAGAGCGAGUCCCCUCGGGCCCUGCCCUGGGGGUGAGCCUGGAGCCCCUCAGCCCGCCUGGUGCCCAUCCCCGGGGCCUCUUGUCCUUCCAGGUUCCCCUGAGCUCUCCCAGUCUCUCCCAGUCCAUCCCAGUCUCUCCCAGUGCCCCCGCGCGUGUCCAUCCCAAGAUGCCAGCGGACGCUGCCCGGAGCAAGAUUCUGAUGGGGAUCAGGGACUUUGUGUUGGGCUUCAUCUUCCUGGCGCUGGGGCUCGGCUUUCACUUGCUCGAGAAGGUGACGGGGGGUCCCGGGGAUCGCAUCCCCCCUCCCCCAGAGCGUGUGUGCCCCCCGGGCCCCCCAGCCCGGUUGUUCCCAGAAGCUCGGCUGGCACAGACCCACCCUGGGGACUUUAAGGGAUGUUACACCACUCAACAGAGAUGA